ACAACGUCAUCACGCUGCGCCGGAUGUACAGAGACUUGUGCUUGUGCUUCUUGCUGUGUCCUUGGUUUUAUGUGAUAAUUUGCAACGUUAUCAAGAGCUGUGGAUCCUACAGAACACGACAGACGAAUAAAAGCUGCAGAAAACGUUUUAUUUUCCUCCUGCGAUGUGAUUUUUUUAUUGGACUCCACUGGUUUUAGAUUGACAGCGCAUUGGCACAGUUAUGAGCGCUCCAAACUCCAAGCAAAGGCAAGCGUGCUGGGGAGCGAGAGAUGAGCUGUGGACGUGUCUGGACCUCAACCGAGACGACGCGACAGCCUGCGAGGGAUAUCGCAAAGAGUUUGAGGCCAGUUGUCCUGCUCAGUGGGUGAAAUACUUCAACAAACGAAGGGACUUCCUGAAGUACAAAGAACGAAUUGAGAAGAACGGAUUCGAACCUGUCGAGGGAGCAUCCAAAUCAUAGCUCAUCGAAAUUAACUGCACAAAAUCGACACCGGAGCCAGAAACGGAUCCCGGAUCGGAUCCUGUUCUUUUCAGCAAAAAAAACCAAGAACAAAACAGAUUCUUUGUUGUUAAUAUUUUAUUGCAGUUUGUAAAGAUGUCGUUUGCAAAUAAACGUCUGAUCACGUAGUA